CAUACCGUACAACGGGACCCGAAUGAGGUUUUCAAACUUUUCCUCCGCGCAGCUCUGGAAGAUUGCAAAACUGCGCAGCACUGCCGACACACAGACGCGUUUCGUUUGCGUCGGGCGUGUGUCUGCCUGUCACCACAUAGGCGUGCCAUGGGUGUGAGGUAGCUCUGACGGGUCUGCAGCCGACUGUUCGGGAGGAUGAUGGAAUAUUCUGGAACAUUCCGUUGUCCGUUUAAAUAAAAUGGCCGAGUCGGAAUCAGAAGAGUAGCGUCUAGUGUUCCGGCCAAGGAGGACGAGACCAGACAGCCUCCGUGUGCCUUGCUUUGAUGUCGCGUAAGGAGGCGAGAGCCUGAAGUUUCCUCUCUACCCGGAUCAGCCUAUUCGACAGCGAAAUACCUUUUGUGGUCAAAAUGGGCAAGGAUUACUACGACGUGUUGGGCAUUAAGAAGGGAGCCUCGGAAGACGACAUAAAGAAAGCCUAUCGUAAACAGGCUCUGCGCUUCCAUCCGGAUAAGAACAAGUCUCCGGGAGCCGAGGAGAAAUUUAAAGAAAUUGCAGAAGCCUACGACGUGUUGAGUGACCCCAAGAAGAAGGACAUAUACGAUCGUUUCGGCGAAGAAGGUCUAAAGGGUGGUGGUCCCGCAGGUGGUGGCGGUGGUGGUGGUGGUGGUGGUGGUCCCAAUACAUUCAGCUACACUUUCCAGGGGGAUCCUCAUGCCAUCUUUGCAGAGUUCUUUGGGGGGCGUAACCCCUUUGAGCAGUUCUUUGGUGGUCGUAAUGGAGCCAUGGACAACGACAUGGACACAGGGGACCCUUUUCAUCGCUUUGGGAUGGGAGGCAGUGGAAUCGGGGGGUUCCCGCGCUCCUUCAGCACCGGUAUGGGAGGGUUUGGGGGUCCCAACAAUAGCUUGAUGAAACGUCAAGACCCCCCUGUGGUCCAUGACCUCCAGGUGUCCUUGGAAGAAGUAUUUACUGGUUGUACCAAGAAGAUGAAGAUCUCACACAAAAGGCUAAACCCUGAUGGGCGAACAUCAAGAACUGAGGAUAAGAUCUUAGAGGUGGAGAUCAAGAAAGGAUGGAAGGAGGGGACCAAAAUCACCUUUCCCAAGGAGGGGGAUGAGACCCCCACCAACAUUCCAGCUGAUGUUGUCUUUGUUUUGAAGGACAAGCCACAUCCGGUUUUCCGACGCGAUGGCUCUGACAUUAUUUACCCAGCCAAGGUUACCCUCAGAGAUGCCUUGUGUGGAAGCACAGUCAACGUACCCAAAUUGGACGGCAGGACCGUCGCAGUGAAGUCUGCAGAUAUAGUGCGGCCAGGGAUGAAACGACGCUUGCCCAGGGAGGGGUUGCCUUUGCCGAAAUCCCCUGGACGCCGUGGAGACUUGGUAGUGGAGUAUGAGGUCAAGUUUCCAGAAAGGCUAAGCCAGAGUGCCCGUGAGGUGGUUGCUCAGGUGCUGCCAUCAUCUUGAAGCAAAGGACAGAAACUCCGCGGGCUUCCUUUUUAAGGUUUCUUCUCUGUUUCAAAGCUGCCAAGUGAGAUGGACUUCACUAAAGAUGAAAGGGAAGCCCAUAUGGACUAUAAAAUUGCAGUGGACAAUAAGAGACAGAUUUUAACAGUUUGCCCACUUUGCACAUGUCAGUCAGUGUUGAGUUCUCUGCUCUGUAUUCCUGUUGCAUCUUCUCUUUGCUAGGGUCAUUGAUAAAUUAACUUAGCACACUGUGCUUUUCCUGCUGGAAUUUCUCAUUGUAGGUGAAUGGUUAUAGUUUGAAUGUACUGUAGGGUGUUUAUUUUAUCUCAGGACUCCAAAUUAGUGGGGAUAUGUGUCAGGGUCAGACAUAGAGCUAAAAAUGACCUUUGUUUUUCUUAGAACACAUUCACCAGCUUAUUUUGUUAGUUAGAAGCAAAUUAUCCAACUGACUGAGCAUUUCAGGCAGCUGGGCUGUUAAGACUGGCUGAGGAAAAUGACUGUUGGCUGGUCUUUAUCCUUCAUUCCUUUGUGGGAUGUUCUUUAAAGAUAUGUAUUGAUCGGAAAGGUCAGGAUAAGUUGUAAUAUCACCAUAUUACACCUUGUUCUGGUCAAAUUGCUCAUUAGUCCAUAUAAGAUAUUUCAGUGUAGAUACCAUAAAAGAAAUAUUUGCAAUAUCAAAGCACUUGAUAUAUUUUUGGAAGAGCAUAAAGAUUAUUGCCUGUUUUUGUUUUUCAAAGAGGAAAAAUUAUAGAUAUAUACAUGAAUACUGUCUAUGCAGUGACCUGUUAUACUGACUUCCGCACACCAAAAUUGCCUAGUUUACCUUCUAUUACAUGCUCCUGUGGUAUUGCUAGUAAAAUACCUACUCAUGGCUUGGCUUCAGUCAUCGUUACCCAUUUGUUUGCCUUCUUGGCUUCCUCCUUUUCAAAAAUCGAAGAGCUGUGUCUUCCCAGUCAGUGUUAACAGUACCUGGGGAAAAUGCCACCCCUUUCCCUCGAACUGCAGUGUUUCAGAGGAUAUAUGACCAAAUGUCAAAUAUCAGCACAUUAGUUGUGGGUUGUUUUUGCUGAGCAAGAUUAUAUUUUUAUCAAAAUACAGUUUACUUUUGUUCAUGCAAAGGAUGUAAAAAAAAAUACCGCUGUGAACUAUGAAUUUCUUCUUGCACUGUUGGAAUAAAAGUACUCCAUCACUAA